GGUGCGCCACCGGAAGUGUUCCCGUUUUCGCUCUCAUUCAUUCACCAGACAGAUUAAUCGUGGAUGCAUUUAUGCGUCUUAUUUUCACAAUACGCCGCUAAAAUUAGCGCACAUGGCUACAAAACGCAAAGUAGAGGUGGUUGUCCCCGCGGAGGAGAGCGACCAGCUUAUAAUUCGUCCUCUAGGUGCUGGUCAGGAGGUCGGGAGGUCAUGCAUCAUCCUGGAGUUUAAAGGAAGGAAAAUUAUGCUGGACUGUGGCAUCCAUCCUGGUCUGGAGGGAAUGGAUGCUCUUCCCUACAUUGACUUGAUCGACCCCGCUGAGAUAGAUCUGCUUCUCAUCAGCCAUUUCCAUCUGGAUCAUUGUGGAGCUCUGCCCUGGUUCCUCCAGAAGACCAGCUUUAAAGGCAGAACAUUCAUGACCCACGCCACCAAAGCCAUUUACCGAUGGCUGCUGUCGGACUACGUCAAAGUCAGCAACAUCUCUGCAGACGACAUGCUGUACACCGAGUCUGACCUGGAGGAGAGCAUGGAUAAAAUUGAGACCAUUAACUUCCACGAGGUCAAAGAGGUUGCUGGAAUUAAGUUCUGGUGUUACCACGCCGGUCAUGUGCUGGGAGCUGCCAUGUUCAUGAUCGAAAUAGCCGGGGUCAAGCUGCUGUACACGGGUGAUUUCUCCCGACAAGAAGACAGGCAUCUGAUGGCAGCUGAGAUCCCCAGUGUCAAACCUGACAUCUUAAUCAUAGAAUCAACUUAUGGCACCCACAUCCAUGAAAAGAGGGAAGAGCGUGAAGCUCGGUUCUGUAACACAGUCCAUGACAUUGUCAACAGAGAGGGUCGCUGUUUAAUUCCCGUGUUUGCACUGGGACGGGCCCAAGAACUGCUGCUCAUCCUGGAUGAAUAUUGGCAGAACCAUCCAGAACUCCAUGACAUUCCCAUAUACUACGCUUCAUCCCUGGCCAAGAAGUGCAUGGCCGUGUACCAGACCUACGUCAAUGCGAUGAACGACAAGAUCCGCAAGGCCAUAAACAUCAACAACCCUUUUGUUUUCAAGCACAUCAGCAACCUGAAGAGCAUGGAUCAUUUCGAUGACAUCGGUCCGAGCGUGGUGAUGGCGUCUCCAGGUAUGAUGCAGAGCGGCCUCUCCAGAGAGCUCUUUGAAAGCUGGUGCACUGACAAGAGGAACGGCGUCAUCAUCGCUGGAUACUGUGUGGAGGGAACUCUGGCCAAGCACAUCAUGUCCGAGCCCGAGGAGAUCACCACCAUGUCGGGACAGAAGCUGCAGCUGAAGAUGUCGGUGGACUACAUUUCCUUCUCGGCGCACACGGACUACCAGCAGACCAGCGAGUUCAUCAGGGCUCUCAAGCCACCACAUGUGAUCCUUGUUCACGGGGAGCAGAAUGAAAUGGCCCGUCUGAAGGCUGCACUGAUCAGGGAGUACGAGGAUAACGACCAGGUUCACAUCGAAGUCCACAACCCUCGCAACACGGAGGCUGUCACCCUCAACUUCAGAGGAGAGAAACUGGCCAAGGUGAUGGGCUCCCUGGCGGAUAACAAAUGCGCUCAGGGCCAGAGGGUGUCGGGGAUCCUGGUGAAGAAGAACUUCAACUAUCACAUCCUCAAUCCCUCUGACCUGUCCAUGUACACCGAGCUGUCCAUGAGCACAGUGAAACAGACGCAGGCGAUCCCGUUCACUGGGCCGUACUCGCUGCUCGUCUGCCAUCUGAGGAACCUCACGAGUGACGUAGAGGAGCUGGACGGCACGGAGAAGAACACUUUGAAGCUUUUUAAAAACGUCAUUCUGACCCAUGAAGUUGGCAUGGUGCUGCUGGAGUGGACCGCAAACCCUCUGAACGACAUGUACGCCGACGUCGUCACCACCGUGAUACUGGAGGUCCAGUCAAACCCAAAGGCUCAGAAAGUCAUGGAGACGCAGGGUGUCACCAUGGACAUGGACGUCUUCCAAACCCGGCUUGCAGUCAUGCUGCAGGACAUGUUUGGAGAGGAGUGUGUGGAUUUCAGUGACGGUAAAACCAUCUCAGUGACGAUAGAUGAGAAAACGGUUCACAUUUGCUUGGAAACGAGGGCGGUUUGCUAUGAGGACGAAGGCACUGAGGAUGAUUCCCUGAGAGAGAUGGUGGAGCUUGCGGUGCAGCGACUCUAUGACGCUCUCAACCCCGUCAUCUGAGGACAGAAGACUGACGUAAGACCGUUUCUAACUCUGUUGAAAGCGAACAAGCAGCUUGUAUGCGUUUCCUCAACAAUGUGAUUUCCUGCUGAUCAGUGACUUGUCCGUGUGAUCGUUAUGUCUGACGUCCAUGUUUCCUCACGCGAACUACGCGCUCCAGUAACACUUCCACCUUUUGAAUUCAAACAGAAGAGACUCAAAUUGGGCUUUUCUUUAUGGAGCACUUAUGGAAGUAAUGGAGCAUUUACAAACUGUGAACAUAGAGCUACUACCUUAGUGCAGAAACGGAAUAAGCUACUGUAUACUGUCUUUAUUUUGUUUGAUUUUUUAUUAUUUAUUUAAUACGUAAGAUGUAUUUGGACGUAGAUCCACUGCAGCAAUGUGCAAUUUCUUUGUAACUUGAGUUUCCUCAUGCACAGAGGUGAAAAGUAAUGAAUUACACUUACUUAGAUUACUGUGAUUAAGUAGGAUUUUUUGUGUACUUCUAUUUUUUAGUGUCAUUUAUGUCAUGUUUGUAAUGUAAUUUUACCUUUACUUAAGUUAUGUUGACAUGUGGAAAGAGUACUGACAUUAUUAAUGUCAGUACUCUUUCCACAUCUGCUCA